CGCUGGACGCGCCCAAUUCCCGAAUAAUCGCCGUCGCAUACGAUUGAACGCGCCAUGUCGGUCAAGUUCGAAAAGGAGACGGUCAAGUCGACGACGGGCGCCGUGGCCGAUGCGGCCUCCAAGGGAAAGGACGACUUCAUGCACGAGGUCGGCCAGGCGCUGACCAAAGGCGGCGGUCCCAAUGGCUAUCUCCAGGCAUACCUGAGGCAGCUCCAGAGCAACCCUCUGCGCACCAAGAUGCUCACAUCCGGCACUCUGUCCGGUCUGCAAGAAUUCCUUGCCUCGUGGAUUGCGCAUGACAGGAGCAAGAGCGGCCACUACUUCACCUCGCGUGUUCCCAAGAUGGCCCUCUACGGCGCCAUGAUCAGCGCGCCCCUCGGCCACGUCCUCAUCAGCAUGCUCCAGAAGAUCUUCCAAGGGCGCAAGAGCUUGAAGGCGAAGAUUAUGCAGAUCCUCGUCAGCAACCUGGUUAUCUCCCCCAUCCAGAACAGCGUGUACCUCGUUUCAAUGGCGCUGAUCGCAGGCGCUCGCACCUUCCACCAGGUCCGCGCGACCGUCAAGGCUGGCUUCUGGCCUGUGAUGAAGGUCAGCUGGGUGGUUUCUCCCAUUUCGUUGGCCUUCGCCCAGCAAUUCCUCCCCGAGACCACCUGGGUGCCCUUCUUCAACAUUAUCGGGUUCAUUAUCGGAACCUACAUCAACGCACACACCAAGAAGAAGAGGCUCGCUGCCCUGAGGCGCAAGCACUACGGAGACGGUGGCAGCAGUGGCAGGAGCCAAGUCGGCGGACGACCCGGAGACGAGUACGGCCGUCCCGAUGACCGCCGUCUCGACGACCGCCGUCCCGAUGAUCGACCGCGUUACUAGACAGCGGCAAGACGUAAUAAUGGACACUCGAUAUCCAUUCCUCACAACUUUGAUCGGUAGCAUCCCAAAUUUGUCCCCGUGAUGACGCCGUGUUGGU